UCCAAACUCAAUUUCUCUCUCUCUCUCUCUAUAAAUACCCACACGCUCUUCCCACUUUCUAAUCAUCUCUUUUCUCAUCUCCUUCCCCAACCCUCAACCUCUAUCUUCCAUCUUCUGUUAAUUGAUAAUCCAAAACCCUAAUUAAGGAAUAGACGAAGAAGAAGAAGAGAGAGAUCUAGAAAGCUGCAGGGAUCAUAUCACUAUCAACAUCAGUAUUAAUUAAUAUCAUCAUCGUCAUCACCACCAUGUUGAGGUUCCUGACAGGAAGGGCUGGGGCGAGCGGGUUUGGGUCGGGUUCCACUGCAGAAGAAGUUACACAAGGAAUCGACGCUUCCAAUCUCACUGCCAUCAUCACCGGAGGUGCGAGAGGGAUAGGAUUGGAGACUGCCCGGGUUUUAGCGUUAAGAAAUGCGCACAUUGUUAUAGGUGCAAGAAACAUAGAUGCUGCGAAUGAAGCAAAGCAGAUCAUUCUUAAGGACAACAAGAAUGCUCGGGUCGAUGUCGUUAAACUCGACCUGGCUUCCCUUAAAUCGAUCAAAGCCUUCGCCGAUAGCUUCAUUGCUCUUGGCCUUCCACUUAACAUCUUGAUAAACAAUGCCGGCAUCAUGUUCUGUCCUUACCAGCUCUCUGAAGAUGGCUUCGAGAUUCAAUUCGCUACAAAUCAUCUUGGGCACUUCUACUUGACGAACCUUCUCCUCGACAAGAUGAAGGACACGUCAAAAUCUUCCGGCAUCGAGGGCAGAAUCGUCAAUUUAUCAUCAAUAGCUCAUAACUACACUUACAAGGGAGGCAUCGCAUUUGAAAAGAUAAAUGACUGCAAAAGGUAUGACGACAAGAGAGCUUAUGGACAGUCUAAAUUAGCCAACAUAUUACACGCCAACGAGCUUGCUCGACGCUUUAAGGCUGAGGGAUUGAACAUAACAGCAAACUCAGUUCAUCCAGGGUUAAUAAUGACCAAUCUGUUCAAAUAUUCUGGUUUUUGGAUGAAAAUUUUCAAGUUCUUUACCUGCAUCAUAUGGAAGAACGUACCUCAGGGCGCCGCGACGACGUGCUAUGCGGCGCUCCACCCGAGCUUGAAAGGCGUCCAGGGGACAUAUUUUGUCGACUGCAACGAGCUAAAAACGAGCAAGUAUGCGAUGGAUCAAGCAUUGGCUAAACAGCUUUGGGAUUUCAGCAACAAACAGAUUAAUGCUGCCAUUGGAAACUGCUGAAGCUGAAGCUGCUUGUGUUUGAUUUCUUUUCAAUUCUUGCAAUCAGUGUGUUGAGUUGAGUGAGUGAAUGAGUAAUUAUUAAUUAUCGUGUGUGUGUGUGUAAUGGAUGGAUCAUUCCAAAUCCAAGAUCAAGAACUGUUUCAUUGUAUUUGUACCCACUCGAAAGAAACAAAGGAUUUCAUAUUU